UUCCCCUUCCCGGUAUGGGCUACCAGGCUACCAGGAGGGGCAUUACCUGCCCACCCCAAGAUGCCAACUGCACCCGGAUCCUGGAAUCCCUCGGCACCUGGAAUAACUCGGAAGCCGCUUCUUAUCAACUGGUGGAGCUGCCGGCGCUCGCAACCACGGAGGCGCCUGUAGACGCUAUCCAUCAUGCCUACCCUACAGCUGAUGUUCCAGAUCACGUCCACUAUACGAUUGGUGCCAUUAUUCUUGCGGUUGGGAUCACGGGGACAUUGGGUAACUUCCUGGUCAUCUAUGCCUUCUGCAGGAGCAGAAGCCUUCGGUCCCCGGCCAACAUGUUCAUCAUCAACCUCGCCAUCAGCGAUUUCUUUAUGUCCGCCACUCAGGCUCCCGUGUUUUUUGCCACCAGUCUUCACAAGAGAUGGAUCUUUGGAGAGAAAGGUUGUGAGUUGUAUGCCUUCUGCGGCGCGCUCUUUGGAAUCACGUCCAUGAUUACCCUGAUGGUGAUCGCCGUCGACCGGUAUUUCGUAAUAACCCGACCGCUCACCUCCAUCGGAGUUUUGUCUAAGAAGAGGGCCAUGUUGAUCCUUUUAAGCGUCUGGCUGUAUUCUCUGGCGUGGAGCCUGCCUCCUUUCUUUGGUUGGAGUGCCUACAUCCCCGAGGGUCUCCUGACGUCCUGUACGUGGGAUUAUAUGACCUUUACUCCAUCUGUCAGAGCCUACACUAUGCUCCUCUUCUGCUUCGUCUUCUUCAUCCCCCUCUUUGUCAUUAUAUAUUGCUAUAUUAAUAUUUUUAAGGCCAUCAAGAAUACCAACAGGGCCGUCCAGAAAAUAGGCUCCGACGACAACAAGGAGUCUCAAAAGCAGUAUCAGAGAAUGAAGAAUGAAUGGAAAAUGGCCAAGAUCGCUCUGAUUGUCAUCCUUCUCUAUGUCGUUUCAUGGUCUCCAUACUCUGUCGUAGCCCUGGUGGCGUUCGCCGGGUAUUCAAGUAUCCUGACGCCAUACAUGAACUCAGUGCCGGCCGUAAUCGCGAAGGCUUCGGCCAUUCACAACCCUAUCAUCUACGCCAUCACUCACCCUAAAUACCGCAUGGCAAUUGCGAAAUACAUCCCUUGCUUGGGGUCGCUGCUGAGAGUGAAACGCAAAGACUCCAGAACAUACAGCAGCUAUCCGUCCUCUCGACGAUCCACCGUUACCAGCCACUGCAGCCUGGCUUCUGAAGUCAGCGGCCAUCCGAAACCGAAGAACCGCCUGCCUUCUGUCUCAGAUAGCGAAUCGGGCUGGACUGAUACCGAAGCUGACAUCAGUAGCGUGAAUUCCAGGCCCGCCAGUAGGCAGGUGUCUUACGAAAUGGGCAAAGACACCACUGACAUAGUUUCCAAAACUAAGCUGAAAAGCCACGAUUCUGGAAUUUUUGAGAAGGCAUCGAUGGAUGCAGAUGACAUUUCUCUGGUUGAAAUCGGGACUGGAGAACGCUGUUCUCCUCUUACCACAGGUAAGGCUUUAAACAGCCUCGGCCAAAGAAAAGCAGACUCCUUCUCCAAAGGAGCCACGUCCAGAAUACCAAGUAUUGUGGUCACCUACAGCAAUCACCAAGGCGGGCAAGUGGUGGUCGAACACAACUCGUCGCUUCCGUGCCACAGACUCAACAACCAGGAUCGAGAGAAAGACCUCAAAAAAGCAAACGGAUAAAUUCCGUCAGAAUCCGUCAAUUCCACCUAAAAACUGUAUAUAUUUUUUAAAGCCCCUCAUCUGCAACGAAUCAAAAAAA